GAAGGGUGGUAUCUCCCAAAUCUGUGCUGGAAGGAUUGAGGUGGGGCAAGAAUAGCUAUCUCUUCAAGCAGGAAUUUCCAAUUGAUUUCUGAUUACCUACCAGGGAAUGACAUAGGUUUAAAUUCUAGAUCUCCCAUUAGUUUCAGGAAGGAACCUCAUUCUAACAGGCAUACUAGAAAUUUUUGCCACCUGCAGGAUGAGGUCCUUCCAUAUAGGUGCAACUUCGGGCUAUAUUUCCUUUUCUGAUGACGGUAUCUUAGAAAAUCCCCAGCUAGAAGCUGGAGUAAAGCUCCUACUAUUCAUCUGUCUUCCUCCACACCCCAACCUGCUAAAUUGUCUGAACACAAGUGUGCACAUUCCUGGAGGGAAAGACAGACUUGGCCAGCUGCGUUCAAAUUAGCCAUACUUCCCAUUGCCUCCAGCUGUUGCACAGAGGUUUCACAUCACAUUUCCAGAAGGCUUCUGGAAAGAGUGAAUAUGUGUCGCAUCCAGAGAGCUGAUGGGGAUUGUGACUUGGCUGCUGUCAUCCUUCAUGUCAAGCGCAGAAGAAUCUGUGUUAGCCCGCACAACCACACUGUUAAGCAGUGGAUGAAAGUGCAAGCAGCCAAGAAAAAUGGUAAAGGAAACGUUUGUCACAGGAAGAAACACCACAGCAAGAGGAACAGUAACAGGGCACAUCAGGGGAAACACGAAACGUAUGGCCAUAAGACUCCUUAUUAGAGAGUCUACAAAUGAAUCUACAGAGACAAUUCCUCAAGUGGACUUGGCCAUGAUUGGUUGUAAGUUUAUCAUCUGAAUUCUCCUUAUUGUAGACAACAGAACAAAACAAAAUAUUGUUUUUUAAAAAAUGAACAAUUGUGUGGUAUGCAAAUGUAGCCAAUAAUAUACACAACUGGAAGAUGAAAUGAAAAGAUAAUGCUGGCUGGGUACGGUGGUUCACAGCUGUAAUCCCAGCACUUCGGGAUGCUGAGGCAGGAGGAUCACUUGAGUCCCGGAGUUUGAGACCAGCCUGGGCAACAUAGCAAGACCUCAUUUCUACAAACAAAAAAACAUAGGCAUGGUAGUACUUGCCUAUGAUCCCAGCCACAUGGGAGGCUGAGGUGGGAGGAUCACCUGAGUCUGGGAGAGUUUGAGGUUGCAGUGAGCAGCGUGGGUGACAGAAUGAGACCCUGUCUCCAAAAAUAAUAAUAAUAAUAAUAGUGCUUAUCUUCAUAUAAUAUUUUAAGAGGAGCAUAUAGAUAUAACUUCUCCCAACUUUUUAAUUAUAGUUUUCCAAACUUACAAAGAAGUUAAAAGAAUGGUACAAUGAACAUCUAUAUAUCUUUCACCUAGAUUAAUCGUUGUUAAUAUUGUGUCACGUUUGCUUUCUCUCUCCUCUCUUUGUAUGUGUUUCUAUAUAAAAUAUUAUAACUUUUAAAAUAUACUUUGUUUACUAAACCAUUUGAAAAUAAGUUGCAAACAUCAUGGCACUUCACCCCUAGUUUCUUUUUGGUGUUAUAACUUGACAUACUCUAAAAUAAAGACAUUUCUCUACCUAAUCACAUUGUCAGUUUUAUACCUAAAAAAUUAACAAUUUCAUCUCAUAUAUUCCAUAUUCAAAUUUUCCCAACUAUUUAGAGAGCAUUUUAUGUAGUUUUUUUCAAUCCAGUAAACAAUCAAGGUUGACAUACAUACUGCAAAUAAUUGUUAUUUUUCUUUAAUGUCUUUCAAUCUAAUAAAGUUCCUCUGCCUUUUUUUUCAAUUUUUAAUAUUAUUUUGUUGAGGGAGGGUCUUGCUGUGUCUUCCAGGCUGGAGUGCAGUGGCACAAUUUUGAUUUUGGCUCACUGAAGCCUCAACAUCUGGGGCUCAAGCAAUCCUCCCACCUCAGCCUCCCGAGUGUCUGGAACUAGGUACAUACCCACCACACCUGGCUAAUUUUGUUUAUUUUUUGUAGAGACAGGGUCUCACUGUGUUGCCCAGGUUGGUCUCAACCUUCUGGGCUCAAGCGAUCCUCCCACCUUAGCCUCCCAAAGUACUGGGAUUAUAGGUGUGAGCUACAGUGCCUGGCCUAAUUAUUUUCUUAUAAUCAAAUUCAGGUUUAAUGUUUUUGGUAAGAAUUUCCUAUGUGAAUUUGUAUACUUAUUUUGUCAGUUAGAGUUCAUAAAUAUUAGGGGUUUUUUCUAAAUAGAAAAGUGUAAACUAAAUAUAACUUCAAAACAUCUAGUUUGAGUAGCUACCAUUGUUUGAAUUGAAAUUUUCUCAUACUGAAAAGAACAAAAAGCCUGCCUUGCUGUCCAGAACAUUUUGCCUCCUGCAGUCAGUUCUUGGAGCAGCACUAGUUAGGGGCCCAGAGUUUGGUCCUCUGUGUGGUGAUUUUACGCUCUGCCUAAACAAGGAGUCUGCAUCUUUUAGCUCCUCUCCCACCCUUCUUACACGUUUUUGUUGUGUUUGGUUUUUUUUUUUGUUUUUUUUUUUUUAGACACAAUCUCACUCUGUUGCCCAGGCUGGAGUGCGGUGGCACAAUCUCAGCUCAUUGCAACCUCCACCUCCCAGGUUCAAGCGAUUCUCUUGCCUCAGCCUCCCAAGUAGCUGGUAUUACAGGCGCCCAGCCACCACACCCCGGUGAUUUAUGUAUUUUUAGUAGAGACAGGGUUUCCCCAUGUUGGCCGGGCUGGUCUCAAACUCCUGACCUCAAGUGAUCCACCCAACUCUGCCUGCCAAAGUGCUGGAAUUACAGGCAUGAGCCACUGUACCCGGCUCACACGUUUGAGUUGAUACCAUUGUGCCAUUCCUCUUUUGACCUCUUUUUUGUCCAUAGAGGCUUUGAGAUAGGUAAGAGCCCAGUGUUCACAAGAAGUCAAUAGAAAGCAGGAGCCACUUUUUCAGGUGGCAGGUGUCCUGGGUCUCCCUGCUGGCUAGUCCCAGGCAGUGGUGUUGCCAGGAUAUCUUGAAGGUGAUAAUGGGACACACAGAGGCACUGAGUCUCCAUAGGUUAAAAUGCCACCAAAACUGGCCUUUGCCUAAUAUCCUUCAUUGACUAUUUAGCAUUUAAUUUAUUUAUAUUCCUGACAUUUCUGCAAGCUUUGUAUUUAUAUUUCCACUUUAUGGAUGAGGAAACUUGAGGCUCUUAGAGGUAAAAUGACUUGCCCAGAUCACACAAUAAGUGGCAGAGACAAGCCUUUUAAAUAAGAAAAAAAAUCAUAAAAUAUAAGAGUAACUUAAAAUAAUAAACCACAAAUUUAAAUUAACCAUAAUAACCAACAUUAAUAAAAGUUGAGAUACCAAAACACUGGUGUCUAAUUCUUUCAACUAAUAACUUUAAUUAUUUUCCAUUUUGUUUCUUCUAGUUUGAUCUACAAUGCUACACAGUUGUUGGGUAGCUAUGAAUGACAGUAGGUUUACAUGAUAUAUUUUAAAAACUGAUUUCUUUGCAAUGCAAAUAAUUGAAACUUUGUCUGAAGAUAGUGUGCCUCGGAAACCA